UGGGAGGCUGCGGAGCAGGAUAAUGGCGGUUGGGGCGGACGGCGGCUGGCGGUUGGGAGCGGUGCGCGCGCCGGGCUCUGCGUCCUGAAACCGCCGCUAUGUACUCGGCGUCGCCGCCGCCGCCGCCGCGACGGGACUUCAUCUCGGUGACGCUGAGCCCCGCGGAGGCGGCGGGGGCAGGCGGCUACAACAACAGCAAGGCCUGGAGGAGGCGCUCCUGCUGGAGGAAAUGGAAGCAGCUUUCUCGACUACAGCGGAGUGUAAUUCUCUUCCUGUUUGCCUUCUUGGCAGUCUGUGGCGUCAUUUCAUACACAAACAUGGGGGAACAGUGGAAAAGUCUAACGAACAAAUCAUCAGAAGAUCAGAAGACAGAACUAGAGAUCCCUGGAUUGAAACCAGCAAAUCCAGCUGUUUUACCAGCACCGCAGAAAGCAGAUGCCAACUACCCAGAGCUUUCACCUCAGAAACAUUCAAAGCCUCCUCACGUCCGACGUGGUCCUCCUAAUCUGCAGAUCAGACCGCCACGGAGAGAUGCAAGGGUAAAGGCCCAAGAUGUUGCUGGCAAGACUGAGGAAGAACCUGGCCAGGCUGAUAAAGAAGAGAAAACAGAAAAGUCCAUUAUUAGUUGGAGAGGAGCAGUGAUAGAACCUGACCAAAGCACUGAAUCUCCUUCCAGUAAAAUAAAAGAACCAGAAAAACCAUCAUCUGUGGAAGUGGAAGAUCAGAAAGAGCCAGUGCCCAUAAAUGAACGUCAGAUGGCUGUGAUAGAAGCAUUCCGCCAUGCAUGGAAAGGUUAUAAAGAGUUUGCCUGGGGACAUGAUGAACUGAAGCCUUUGUCCAAAUCCUACAGCGAGUGGUUUGGACUCGGUCUUACGUUAAUUGAUGCAUUGGAUACCAUGUGGAUUUUGGGCUUAAAAGAAGAGUUUGAAGAAGCAAAGAAAUGGGUGGCAACUGACUUACUGCUUGAUAAGAAUGUGGAUGUGAACCUCUUUGAGAGCACCAUUCGUAUUCUGGGGGGGUUGCUGAGCGCCUACCACUUAUCUGGAGAUAGCCUCUUCCUGGAAAAAGCUAAAGACAUUGGGAGCAGGCUUAUGCCAGCAUUCAACACACCAUCCAAGAUACCAUACUCAGAUGUAAACAUUGGCCGAGGCACUGCCCACCCGCCUCGUUGGACGUCUGACAGCACCGUGGCAGAGGUGACCAGUAUUCAACUGGAGUUUAGGGAGCUCUCUCGUCUCACUGGAGAUGAGAAAUUCCAGAAAGCAGUAGAUGCGGUGAUGAAGCAUGUACACUCUCUCUCAGGGAAAAAUGAUGGGCUGGUGCCCAUGUUCAUAAACACCAACAGUGGGCAGUUCACUCACCUGGGUGUCUACACUCUGGGAGCCAGAGCUGACAGCUACUAUGAAUAUUUGCUCAAGCAAUGGAUCCAGGGUGGGAAGAAAGAAAAUGAACUGUUGGAAGAUUACAUGAGAGCUAUAGAAGGGGUGAAAAAGCAUUUACUUCGGACAUCACAACCCAAGAAGCUUACUUUUGUAGGUGAACUUGCUCACGGCCAUUUCAGUGCCAAGAUGGAUCAUCUAGUUUGCUUCUUACCUGGAACACUGGCUCUUGGAGCUCACAAUGGGCUGACUGCUGAUCACAUGGAGCUGGCCAAGGCCCUCAUAGAAACUUGUUACCAGAUGUACGCUCAGGUAGAGACAGGCCUGAGCCCAGAGAUUGUACACUUCAAUCUCCAUGCACAAAAGGACCGCAAGGAUGUGGAGAUCAAGCCUGCAGAUAGGCACAACCUGCUGCGACCUGAAACUGUGGAAAGCCUGUUCUACCUGUACAGAUUCACGGGGGAUAAGAGAUACCAAGACUGGGGCUGGGAGAUCUUGCAGAGCUUCAAUAAGUAUACACGGGUUCCUUCAGGUGGUUAUACUUCCAUUAACAACGUCCAGAACCCCAGUAACCCAGAGCCAAGAGAUAAGAUGGAAAGCUUCUUUCUUGGGGAAACACUCAAGUAUAUGUUUCUGCUGUUUUCGGAUGACGUAGACCUAAUCAACCUUGACAAAUAUGUAUUUAACACAGAAGCUCAUCCCCUUCCUAUCUGGGCACCAGCAUAGAAGUACUAUAUGAAUCUUUGGCAGCGGGCUGUUACUUUGAGUCACUUUACUGUGCAGGGUUUGAACUGGGAUAGCAGAGAAUUGCUCUAUUUACCCUUUCUUGGUUUUUAAAAAAAUUGGAAAAGCAUCUCUGAUUUAGAGAAAUCGGUCAGUCUUAAAUCUAACUCCGCGCUUUAGCUCGGGGAUGGACAACCUGAGCACACUAUACUGCUUUGCCUGGAUUUGAUGCAGACAUCAAGGUUGGGGAAGCAAUUGCAGUGUGAACCCUGAUGUUAAUAGGUCUCUGAGCAACCAGUGACUCACUCGUGCCAUUCUUUGUAGAUUUUGGUUAUAUUUCAGGACAGCAGCAAGUUGUCUUAUAGCACAGGAUUGUCUCUGGAGAGAAGGACGUACUGAAAAGUUUGACUCCAGCUCAUUCCAUGGUAUGAGCCUGUAAUAUCUCCAUAUGGUAUGUGGGGUAGACAGAGAUCUGUACCUUUGUCCCAGUAAAAAUGGGGAUGUCAGUAAUAUUGCUGACACUUUGAUCUCGUUCCAAAUCAAUGAGCUCUGCAGCAUUCUGUUUGAAGAGAGAAAUUAUGUUCCAAAACCAUCUAUAGUCCAGCAUCUGAAUUUUACUGAGCUGUGGCUAAAACGAAUGAAUGGUGGCAAAUUGAGUACAGAACUUGCUGCUGAUUUAGCUCAAAGUGGUAAUCAAUUUUGUAGAUGUAUGGCAAUUUUUUUAACUUAUCUGCAGGAAUGCAGGAGACAAUGUGAAAAGCAAACAAUAUACAUACAUGCAUUUAUAUAUAUAUAUAUAUAUAUAUAUAUAUAUAUUUGCAUCAGUUAGUCUCAGGUAUUCUGACUGAAAGCUGCUUUGCGAGGUUGAGCUACAGAAAAGCUGGUUAGCACAUUAGGUGUAAUUCAAACCCAACUUUCUCAGAUCUUGGAUUUUAAAAAUGUUAUGUUGGAUCAGUGAGGCUCAUUGUUGUGCAGAGUAAUUCCUACUAUUUGUCUUACUAUGGAUUGACAAGGAGGGGUUUUCAAUUCUUUUUUCUUCUUUGAAGUACCUUGCUUGAAAGUGUUAUGUUCCCCUGUAGAAUUAAAUGCAGAUGGUCUGAGGGUCUUCUGACAUGGAUUCAGAAUGUGGUCCUACUGAAAGGGUCUCCCCUCUCACUGAUACUGCUAGUAGACUUGCUGAGAGCUGUUUGGGUGCUUUGAGGAGAAAAUAGACCUAGUGAUUAUGUAUAAAAGUAUUUUCUGAGAGUCUAGGGGGUCUUGCAUUUUUAUUUCUGGAAAUGAGUUUCGAAAGUAAAAUGAAACAAAUGUUUGAAAGAAACAUGAAUUUUGGAAGUAGCUAACUUAUGCAGUCCUGUGAACACCAAUACGUUGUGGGAGAAAAGUGCUAGUUCACUUAUAUUUUAGGGUCUCUUCCUGUCAUAGUUUCCAUGCCCAUAGGUCUCAUUAAUGAGAAGACAGGUUACAGGUACGUGUGUAGGCACAAUCCACUCUAAUUUUGGGGCUGAGAAAUAGUGGUAAUAUAAAGCUGACCCAUUGCAAUUCAGUUAUGGAUUUAACAGUAAAUGUAACUUUCUGUUUUGUAAAGUAAUCAAUGUCUGUAUAACUUGUCUUGCCAGACCUGGUCUUGCUGGAGUAGGACAUUACUAUUUGGACCACUUUUUAAAUCUUUAGGCAGUACUUAUCAUUCCUUGAUAAUGGCACAUGGAAAUGAAGAAACAAUUACUGCAAAUUAUCUCUCUCUCUCUCUCUAUAUAUAUAUAUAUACACACACACACACACACAUACACAGAGAGAGAGAGAGAGGUACCAUUUUUUUAAGUUUGUUGAUGCUGGGAGUUGGGGAUUUGCUGAUAUGACAAGUUAAUGCAGAAUGAAGUGAUCCAUAAAUUCAAGAAUUUUAGUAAUCUUGGAAUUUACAAGGUCUCCCCCUUAAGUGCACAUUGGAAUUUAGAAGCCAUACCCUAAAGCUGAAUAGUUGUUUUGUUGCUUGAUUUUUACAUGGUUCAUAAGAAUUCCAGAGUGUCUUGGUUGUAUUUAAGGGGGCUUAAGAGUUAAUUUUCAGGAGAUGAAUAUACACCCCAGUGCAGAGAGCAUAUGGUUCUAUGUAUCACUUAAGCCCUGGGUUAAGAUCAUAAAGUGCAGUUGCACUCUUAGAAGCAUUUGACUCUGCAAAAAUGGCACUGUAGGGUUCCAUGUGUAUUGUGUUGCAAUUCCUUCCAUAUCACAUGAGCUCAGUAUAGAAGUAGAAGGAUAUGGGAUGAAUUUCACUCUGAAUGAAUAAAGUGGAGGGAGGAGUAAACAUUAUCUCCCUCCCUCCCCCCCCCCCCAAUCCUAAAUUUCUAUUCCAAAGCUAUUGGUCUGAUUUAUUUCUUCUCUGGCUUCAUGCUGUCUUAGGAAAUUAACUUACCCUAACUAGUGGUUUUUGUCAAAUCUGACCUUUUUUUUAAUGUUUUGUUUAAUAUUGGUCAACAUUCUGCUCAGGGUAGAACAGAAACCUAAUGUCAGUUUGAAACUAGCAUUUAUUAUGCCUGAAACAUGUAAAUAGUCUGACAAUUGGCGAUCUGAUUGCUCCCGUUCUGACUGCUGAAGAGGAAGCUUUAAUUGCUUAUGUCAUGACCUGCUUUUGUGCCUCCUCAAAGAUACUUUCUUGCCUCUGAUUGGUUUGUGAAGUUUAAAGGCACAAUACUCCACCUUGAUGGCACAGCACAUCCUCUUACUUUCCAGACAUGAUAGGACCAGUGCUCAUACUUGGUUGGAAAGUUUCCAUUCAGGUACUGUAUGGUCCUUUGAACCAAAGCCUUAAGUGCAGUGAAUAUAAUCCAUCUACUUGGCAUCUCCAUGCAUUGAAUCACUUCCCAUACUCAAAUAAUGGAUUGUUGUGGAAAGGCCAUAAUUUAAUCCAGUGAUGUUAAAGACCCUUUUGCCGCGAGCUGCCCUGGUUACUUUCCAAGAGCUUGAGUGCCUUGCCUAAUUCUAACAAAACAAACAAAGUGCACACACUCACUAUUCAUUCGGACUUGGGCCUGCCUCCACUGAGGAAUAAAUACUGCUUGGUUUGUUGUGUAUGGUCACAGCCAUGAAGUACUGUACACUGACAGGGUGAGGCUAGUAGUGGGGUCUCAUUUAGGUACCAGAGUUUAAAUGAGGGCUUGGAAAAAUCUCUCUAUUAGCCCAAAGUAGAUAUGAAAGAUUGAUAUGGGGCAGAAGUGAAACCCCCAUUUGAGAAGCCCAACCCCACUGCCACCCCUUAAGUAUGGGGAUUUCUACCAAGGUGCUGUGUCUGGAAUCUCUUGGGCCUCCUCCAUAUUUUGUAUGGUCCUGUUAAGCGUCAGAUUAAAUCUGAAGCUCCACUCAUCCUCUCCAACUGCUGGGAGGGAAAGAAGCUUUGCCUUCCGUUCUCCUCGUGCCUCCGUCAUGAGGGGUUGAGAAGGCAAGUUUCUGCUACUGUAGGCUGUCCUAGCCUUUUUUUUGGUUCUUCACCUGUGAAACUACAGUACUUACUCCUCCUGCUGUGAGCUUUCUCAAGAAGCAGCCUGGAAGUGAAAGGAAGACAAGUUUCCUUGCUGCUCUCAGGAUUCUGAACAGCAGCAAUGAAACUGACCAGUCUAGUUAGUUUCACAUUGCUGCUUGGCAGUCUCAUAGCUGCAGUAGAAACACUGCAGCCUCAAAGAAAAUACUGCAUUUAUUCACUGUUGGAAGGUUAUUGGCAGAUUGCAAAGGACUAAAAAGUCAGUUUUUUAAAUGAAAUCUUAAGUACUGUUGGAAGUGAUGACACAUACUUUAAUGCUGCCCAGGGAAAGUUUCUGACUUGUGUGUGGAUUUUUCAAGCCCUGGGUUAAGCUAUUCUAUUCUGUAACCAGAAGCAGCAUUUCUUAUUGUUUCUGGAACUUGCCCCUAUGCUCCAUAUGGUUGUAUGUGAUGAUACAGUGGAAUGAUGAGCCUUUUGGUAACAAAGCCACUGCUGUAGGUCUUAAUCCAGCAUGCUGGGCUGAGUUAGUGGGAGGAGCUGUCUACUCCUCUUACCAGCUGGUCAGUUCAUGUCUUGUGAAAACAUUCCUAGUUCUUUCCUUUCCUUUCCUUUCUCUUAGCCCAGUUACUCUAAAACUUUUUCCAGGAAAUGGUGGAUGGGCUUGCAAUAGCUGUGACUAUCCCAGUUGCCACUUUGUAGGAUGUACUUGAUAACUAGAUUUUUUUCACUAUAUACCCUGUCCUCUUACCCAAGGUUUAAAAACCAUAAAGGAAAUAAAUCUGUGCUGAACUGGGUCAGAUUUGUCUGCCACAGAAAUCUGCAACAGAUUAUGAAGCAUGACACUCCCCCUGCCCCCCACCAUUUGAUGGAGCUACUUCUGACAAGAUGAAAGCUGAAUUCUGCCUCUGUCUUGCUAUAUAUCUAACUUAUCCCCACACUCUAUCAUCUAAAAGCCUUUACUAUUUGAUUUCUUCUAUACUUCACUGAUGUUCCUUUUUUAGCCACUUUCAGGCGUUAUCUUCUAAAGAGGAACAAAUCUAAUCUGCAGAACUACUUUCCUUGUUAAGUUUCAUAUUUUAGAAUCUUUCAUGAGGUGCAAGAGGGUUAAAAAGAACUCUUGCCUCCUCUCAGAGUGGAAAGUUGGAAGUCACCCAAAGGGCAGAGAGCAGGCCACUGGCCACCACUGGUUCAAAGAUUGUAGCUUAGCGUACUUUCUAGGUGGUUCACACCUCGCCUAGCUGCUUUGUUAAUGCAUCAUGUGGCAAAGACCGAUCCUAAUCAGGGGCAUGGUCUCUGUGUGGUUCCUGCUUUCCAGGAGCUGGGAGUGCUAGCAAGGCCGUGUAAUCAAGAAGCAAUUCCUGUAGCAGAGCAAGGAUAAAAGGUUGCCAAGAGAGACAGCCACCUGGCCUUGGCUUAUCUUGAGAGCUAGAGGUGGGGAUUCCAUUGGGGGAGGGGGAGAGUUGACUUUACUCCUUUCCCGGCUCUCCUCUGUAGAGACAUUCAGCGCGCCUCUCAUGGGGCACUAUGAACCCUGCCAAUUGCUGGAAUGCUUCCGCUUUAACCUGUGUGACCCUUGCUCUAUGUGGGAAACUUACUCCCAGUGCCUGGAGGGUCUGCUCUGAAUCAUGUGAAAAAGCAUCAAGGACUGGCCCUAGUAUCUAUCUGAACCACCUGAGGCCUGAUGGAAGCAGAGAUUCACCAGUGUAAAUAUUAACCAACACUGAGCAUUGAGUUGAGCAAUGGUAAGAACAAGUGCUGUACUUUGCCCACCUCAGUAACACGAGCCUGGGAUGAUUCUUCCCCCCCAAUCAUGGUAAGGUGAUACAUUUUACUUUAAGGCAUAUAAUUAAUUACUAAGAUGUAAUAUUUUUUCAGUCUUGCUAGUAUUUAUUGGUACACAGUAUUUGCAGUAGGUAAGAGUCUACUUGUUAAUGUGCAAAGAUGAAUUUAUUUCACCUCUCAGGGUGAGAGAAAAAUAUCCUUUUUGUAUCCUCUUUGGUUAUAUUCAAAAGCCAGCCCGUGGAAUUCUAUCACAUACUUUAAUAAACUUGUAAUUUAUUUUGAAAUAAA